AUGGUCUGCCCUCUCUUCGAUUCAACCAUCAUUGGCUUCAAGGCCCCCACUCACGAUGGUAACUCUUUGCGUGGUACUUUCAAUUGCACCAAGCAGACUAUUAAUUUGAUCCAAAGGGUAACCGUGCUUGCCGAUUCCACCACCUACUUGGCCAUCACUUGCCAACCCAAUAUCUGGUCCUCAUGUUAUAAGGGUACACCUUUCGUGGCGGACGUACGUGGAGGACGCAGUAUGUUCUUUGAAAGAACCCUCAGCAGUAUCUCAGAAGAGUCCUCAUUGUAUUCAUCUUCCCAAGAUCUGCUACCUACAUCUCCAGAAUCGCUGGAGUCAAGAAUCUCAUUCAACAGAACCUUCAUGGGAACAGAUGGGCCUUUUAAUGUUGGCCCAGGCUCAAGGUUCUUCGUUAUCAAGUCAUUUAGCAUUGAAGAUAUUGAAGCAUCUUGGAAAAACAAGAUCUGGACAUCUACUGAUCUCGGAAAUAAGAGAUUGAACAAGGCCUACGUCGAGACUGAUAACGGUUCAGUCUUCCUCUUCUUCAGCGUUAACGCGUCUAUGAAGUUCUGUGGAGUGGCAAGAAUGGAAGAUAAGGUUGAUUUUGCUGGCAAAAGCAACGUUUGGGAGGAACACUCUCGUUGGAAUAGUGUGUUCCCAGUCAAUUGGUUGAUCAGUAGGGAUAUUUCCAACCGGAAAUUGAAACACUUGACAGUCCCAAAAAACGAAAACAAGCCGGUCACAAACUCCAGAGAUACACAGGAGUUGCCCUACGAGGUAGGGCUUUCAAUGCUCGAAAUAUUCUCUGAACAUAGGUUAAAUGCGCAAAGCGAGCUCGGCUCUCGUACAUUGAGAAAUCAGCUCAUCUACCACCCAGUCGUCAAACCUUCAAGGGUAUCACAUUUUAACGUUCACAAUUCAAAAACUGUCGUUAUGCUAUCAAGAAGAGCAGCUUUGAGUGCACUGCGUCUGUUCUGUUCAUCCAGAGCCGCCUUGGAGGGCAGCAAGAAAAAGGCAAAGCCAAAGGCUGAAGACUACAUCCCAGAGAAUGUCAAAUACGGAGCUUUAUCCAAAGCACAAAAGGCAUUCUUGGACCGUGUCAUUCGUGUUGACCAGGCUGGUGAGCUUGGUGCCAAUUACAUCUAUAUGGGCCAAUACGCCAUUCUUUCCACCAAGUACCCCCACUUGAAGCCCAUCUUACAGCACAUGUGGGAUCAGGAAAUCCACCACCACGACACAUUCAACAAACUCCAACACCAGCGUCGUGUGAGACCCUCUCUUUUGACUCCACUCUGGAAAGUAGGAGCCAUUGGUAUUGGAGCCGGUACCGCACUUAUCAGCAAAGAGGCCGCCAUGGCAUGCACUGUUGCAGUCGAGACUGUCAUUGGAGGCCAUUACAACCAGCAACUACGGGUUCUCAUGAACCAAUUCAACAUCCCAAUCUAUGACAAGAAGACAGGAAAAGGGCUCACUCCAGAGGAGAUCAACAAAGAGAUUGAGACAUCUCCAGAACUUGCAAGCUUGAAGAAGACUAUCAGUACUUUCAGAGACGACGAGUUAGAGCACUUAGAUACGGCUGUUGAACACGACGCCGACAAGGCUGUUCCAUACAUGUUGCUUACGGAAACCAUCAAAUUGCGUGCUGGCCAAAGUCUGUAUGAGUUCUGGAUGUCCAAACUAAGCAUGAUAAACCGUUCAGACGGUUCGACUUUUGGUGGGUCCCGCAUUUUCAAUAGGAACAAGGAUGCGUUCCCUCUACUAGAUUUCAAAGAGCUCUCGAUAUGUCUUCAAACAAUGGAGUUCACAGCCAGUGAAGAGCUAAUUUCACGACCCACAAGCCAAUACAUAAAGACUCUUUUUGAAGAGUUUGUUGACAUCUUCAUGGGUCUAUCGGUGCAACUGACCGACCAACUUUCGCAUGAUUUAAUAAAACGAAAUAAUGAAUUUAACCUGAACGAUAUGCAACAGGACGACGUGAAUAACAACGAUGAUUUCGACACCAAGAAGGACGACACAUCCCAGCUGAUUCCACUUUUAAUUUUGUUCCGUUGCUCUUUAGCAUUUCUCGAUAAAUGUGGCGUGCAUGACUUUAACAUAAUGGAUCUUAAGAAGCCUGAAUCACAGCGUAUACGACGAAUUCUAAGUGCUGUGAUCAAUUUUGCUCGUUUCCGUGAAGAGAGAAUGAAAGACUGCGAGCCAAUUGCUCAAGUCUGCGAGGAAUAUUCAGAGGAUGUCAGAAAGUCCGAAAAUGAAAUAGUCCAGGUCCAGAAUGACAUUGACCAACUCGCAUCUCAAGUGGAAGAAAACAACCAAGGCCAAAGGAAGUCCACCCUAGUCCAGCUUAAUAAUUACAACUCCAGACUUGAAGGGGAACUCAAGAAACUUCAACGAUCACAAGAGCAGCUUCAACUUGAGCACGCCAGGUAUAGGGAGCAGAAAUACGGGUUGGCCGAGCAAAUCGAAGAUCGUCUUUACCUUCUCCAAGAGGAGGGCCAUAAGGUCGAAAAGUUCAAGAAGUUUACCAUGGUAAACCCAACUGAGUUACAAACAAUUCUUGAUGAUCUAAAAGCCAGCCUUGAGGAGGCAGAACAACAGCUUCGUGUCGGAGAGGCAACGCUACAAAACCGUUCAAAGACAAUUAGAGCAAUUAAACUGGCUGAAGAUGAGCUCAAAAAUAUCCUCACUAUUGUUCAGAAUAUUGUGGAUGAUUUAGGCCAUCUCGAUGAAGAGGGAAACGAGCUAGAGAAACAAGCUGAACAAAGAGAUAGAGAAAAGGCUGACAUUGAAGAUAUUGAAAAUCUGAUUCGUCUUACAGAGAGGCAGUUAAGUAAUCUCGACGAAAAGAUCCUCAACACUAAUACGCAAGCAUCUGAAAAGAGGGAAGAGGCGGAACACAGGCUUCAACGUCUCGAAGAAGAAUAUGCUAGACUCACCGACGAGCGUGGAGUACGUGAAAAGAAAAUGGACCAGAAUAGGGCCACUAUUCAAAGCUUGGAGGAAGACAUUAAUAAGAUGGUCGGAUCAUUCGAUCGGGAGAAGCGAAACAUCGAAACCGCCGUGGCCAGCCUUAACGCUCACAUAAGAUCUUACUUGUCUGACAUGAACAGCCUCCAAUGA